AUGACCAGGAAGAUUCGAAGCUGCCAGUUUGAGUAUUGGCAUCGGCACCAAAACAUAGCGACAGUGACCGGCGUGCACGAGCCAGACGAGCUCGCACCCGGGCCUCCCUUCGACAAGGCCAAGCGAGGUGGGCAGGCCAGAGAGGACGUGGAGGAUCCACAAUGGCGAGACCAUUUGUGGCGUGGAGCUUACUCUCCUUCGCAACGUCCCUGGCGUGCCUAUGCGGACAAGGGGAAGCACGAGAAGGAGCAGCCUGCUCCCUUGAAGUUUCCUACAUAUCAAUCUAUGACUGUUCGAGAACCUGCCAAUGGGCCUGGGAAGGGUGCUGGCAAGCCCUCGAGCACACCGAUCGAAGAGGGCUCGGUCAUGGGCCUUCAGCCUGUGCUGAACAUGGCAAGGAAAGCCGAAUUACGGGUGCAGCGGCUCAUCGCUCACAGAGACCGCGCCCGUCGGCAAUGGGAAGCCUACGAUGCCGAGCUGAAGCAGACGUUCAUACGCGAAAAGAAGAAAUUCUCUGCGAACAUGGACCGUCUGAGCAAGGAUAUCACGGAAGCCUUGCAGGCUCAGGAUGUCGCCCGACGCGCAGUUUGCCAAACUGUGAAUGGCCAGCCUGUGGCCCAGGCAGAGACUGCUGCCGAGGAGGAUAUGGAAUGGGAGCGCACUCGUUCGACGUGGGAGCAAGACGAGGGCACCGAUUUGCAUGGUGUUCUGCAACGGGCAAUGACCCAUGCCGAUGCGGCGGAGGGACUCAUGAGGUCCCAACUGCCCUGUGGUGCCCCUCCUGGCUUUGGUAUUCCAGAUGCUGCAACGCCGGGCCCGGGUGUUGCCCCGGCUCCUGCUCCUGUUCAGGCUUUGCCAGCAAAUCCUCUCCUGGCACCACCUGGCAUUCAGGCCCAGAUUUUGCGUAUGGCGGACGAGAUGCGUGCUGCCAGUGUGGCCCCUGGUCUGGACCCCUACCUUGGCGCGGUCCUGCACGAUCGAUACCAAGGUUCACCCAGCAGCGCAUACCUCAAGGCACAAGGCCCGUCGACAUCGCCAUCGGCCAGGGUACAACCUUACGAGACCGGUGCACCUGUGUCGGACCGCCGGGAGCCGGAUGGUCUCUCCUUGGCAGCCCGUGUGGAACAGAAGCGUGGUGUAGGUGGUGGUGUGGCCAUGCGGCCUUUUGGUCUGCCGCCAACCGCACCGCCGCCGGCCCCAGGUUUUGUCAGCAUCAAUGGUGUCGCACAGCAGAUCCCCAUCGCCUCCGACGACGAAUUGGAUACUGCAAAUGCGGCCCAGGAUGCUGGCGAGCCCCCUCCUCAGCCGAGUGGACACGGGCCUAUGGAUGGCGACUCUUCUUUCAAGUCCCUCUCUGCCAUGGUCGCACUCCCGUGCGAGGUGCUCGACCAUAGGAUGCUGGGACUACAUUCCCUGGCAUCUGUUCCUCGCUUUCCUUUGCCUGUGCUGGCCGAGGAGAACGUCUGCAAUCUUGCCAACCGGGACCUGCCAUCUUGGCCCCUCUCGCAACAGACUGAGGGCUCUGACUUGGGUUUGCACCUCUCCGCGUGCUGGGUGGGGGUUCUGUGCACCCUGCUUGCAUUCUUGGCCGCCACUUGUGCCGUCUCGGGUGCGGUUGAGCUUGGUGCUAACAUGUGGGGGCGGUCUUUGCAGUUCCUCACCACACCCGACCCUGGCACCUCCCAAGGCUUCGUCGUUGAGGCCGUCUUCCCGCGUUACCGUGCCUUCGCCUCCGCAUUGGCUUAUUGCGUUUGGGUGCAUCAAGGUUUCGGUUUCGAUGAUUUUGUCUCCAGGGCUCACGGGGCAGUAAUUGGCGUGGGGUUUUGCCUUCUACUGCUCUUGGGCUGGUUCAUGCUCCCACCCUCGCGCGCUCGACAUUGCGCCACGGUGUCUGCAGUGCGAUCAAUGCGCCCUCCCUCUUUUGCGUCGGUGCUGAUACCACUGGGGAUUUGCAGCUCCCCGCGUUGGCAACUCUCUGUCGGUCUUGGCCUUGUUUCCUGCCGACGCCCAGCCACGCGGACCACCAAUGCAAGGGCGCGCAAGUUGGCCUCGCCGUGCUUUUGGCGUCUCUUGCUUAGCCUUUUCAGCGUUGCGCUCUUGCCAGAGCCUGUCAGUGCAAUGCCCCCGGGUUUAUUUCCGGAUGAGCCUGGAGAGGAGUGGUCAGACCAGCCCGCUGGCUGGCCAUGGAUGCGCGGGGACAGCCGACCGGACCCUCUCCCACCUGCCGUUCGCCCUCUCGUUCUGCCGGUUGCAGCCGACACUGUAGAAGUGCGAAUUGGAGCAUAUGUGGUCUCCCCUUUCUUUGCGCCUGAGUGCCUGGAGCUCGAUGCGCAGUUACCAUGUGAGCAGAGGGAUAUAGAGCGCCAGGUUUCACGGCGACUUGACUUCCUGCGCCUCCCCUUUAGCGAUUCAUUAAUCGCUGCCAGUGUUCAACCUUGGCGCUCUUGCCUGGUCUUCUUGGUGUACCCCGAGUGGACAACGUAUGCCGGUCUCACGGCAGUCGUGCUCGACCUCAGCCGUAUGCAGCCCGGUUGCCAAGGCCCCAUUACUGCGUGCUUUCUUACACGUCCAACGACGAGAAGUGAAAUGCUCAGGGAAGCGGGCCUGUACUCCAUGCCGGCCGGCUGCCGCUUCUUCGUUGGGGAUAGUUUGGAGCCUAUCACUGAUGAUGAGCCAGUUUGGCUACAUAACGGUGAUGUUCUCAAGCUUGUGCGUCAUGAUGAUGGGCCCGACGCCAUGCCAGGUAUUCAAUGGCGGCUGCAACGAAGAGAAGCUUGGCCGCUUCCUCCAGCUUUCCCCACCGUACGGCAGCCACGUGCCGUGAUGCUGUUGCAUCACACGGGCCGUUCCCUCUUCAGUCGACACGAUCCAGCCUUAGGAUCGGUCGACGUUGCAGCAGCGACCUUUGUGGGUGUUGAUCGGAACUCUGUGACCUUCCAUGCACCGCCUGAUGGUUUUCUGGAGCACCUGUCAUAUCGGGGAUCUAACGUCCGAAGUGUCCUGGCUCUUGUUGAAAAGAACCCAGACGGCUCCCAGGAAACGGUUGUCCUACUUGACCUCCGCCAGGUUGCCGGCUCACCACAAUUUGCCCGCCUCUCGACCAGCCGCCUUACUUAUGAUGAGCUUCGGCGGCUUUCACCGAUUGAGGCGCCCGCCGGUUGGCGUUUAGUUGUUCAGGGAGGGCGUAAGCGCGAGCAAUACAUCUCUGUUCGAUCCGGGGAGGUUCUAGUUUUCGGGUUCCUUCCCCGUGAGGCUUUCGACCCUGACUUUGAUGCCUUCUCUUCCUCCUCCGAGCAUGAUAGCUCCUCUGAGGGUUCUGAUCGUGACGGAGAGGAGGGCGAUGAGGCCCAUGAGGAGGAGCCCCCAACUGAUGAUGUCAGCACGAGGUCUCGAUCGAGGAAUCGCAGUGACAAGCAUCCCUCCCCCUCGACUGAUCAUUCCUUUCAGGGUUCUUUCCCUGCGGCCGCCCUCGCCGUUUUUGAAGAGAGGCUCUCAGGCCUGGCGGUUUCCGUCUCUUUUCGUUGCAACAUCAAGCCCCUUGUUGCUUCAAUUGCUGCUAUAUGCCGGCCUGAUGCCCUCGUUGGUCUGUUCGGUAGAGCCACGGGCGUUAGGGAUGAUAGCAGCACAACUGCUCAGGCACUGAUGCCAAGCCUUGGCUCUACUGUUUCCCCCAAGACGGUUUUCAGCACCGUCCUAGCUUGCAAAGGGCCAACUGCCCACCGGGUGCCUGAUCCUACUCCUGCGGGUUCCCAGUAUGUGCCCACUGCUGUUGAUCGUUAUCUUGCGGGCCACCCGCUGCGAGACCGGGGUGAUCGUGAGCCUAUCCGUCCUGUGCCGCCUACUUGGUUUCGACCUCGGCCAGAGCCUGUCCCCGCGCAGUUGCCCCCUGCUUUCAUUCAUGGCAUCUUCGUUGUUAUGACGCCGGAUUACAAGCCCGAUUGCCAAGUGCUGGCUCUGCGCACGCCAUGUGCUCUCGAGUUUGCCAUCCGUGAGGUCCAGUCUGUUCGGGCACAGGACGACCGGAGAAGAUUUCCGAGGGUUUUCCCUGCGAUUCCCCAGCCCUCGCGUGAGUACGCUGUGCUCAUAGCCAUGCCGGCUUGGCUCGAUGGUCUUGCCACGGUUGUGUUCGACUGCCGACAAUGGAGCGGUAAGCUCUUUGUUGGGCAGGUUCCUAGUGAGUUGACUCGUGAGGACCUCCUUGCAGCCGCGGGAUGUGGCGUGGGCGCCUGGCUCUUUGUUGCGACGUCAACCGUCGAUGGUGUCCUAUACCUCGGACAAACUGUCCGUCUGUUUGAUGGGGCUGUCGUCCGGAUCUCCCCUUUCCCUUCUGACCCGGUGCGUGGUCUGUUGCUUGAGCAGAUGCUCCGCAGUGCUGACAUGUGGAAUGCCAAUGCUCAACUUCCCUUUUCUUACGCCCCUGCAAUCUGGUUGCUUUCUGAUGGUGUGCAUAUACGCCUUGACGUUGCCAGCGCCCAUGUGCCCAUCCGCAGCUCUGAGGUUGCGGCUGCUCUGGAAUGCGACCCAUCCCUCAUUGCGCUCAAACCCAUCCAGCCCCCCGUUGCUGAUCAUGACGCUCGAGGCUGGGGGUCCAGUGCUGUCGUCAUUGCCACCACGCAAAUACCUCGAUACCGGGACCCAGGUGAUCUGCCCGUGGCAGUGGCCUUUGACCAAAGGCCUAUUCUGCAGGGCCUUGCCUGGCGCCUUGAGCUUUCGCGGAUGCUGUCCGUUCAGGAGCUCACGGCGCGCUAUGCGCAUUUAUGCCCAUCGGACCUUUGUGUGGCCUUUUCGGGUGUUGAUCCGGUUGCACUGCCAGAGGGCGCCGCCUUCGACUUGUGCGACGGCCUUUGCAUUACGGUCGACUUUGUGUUUAUCGACCACCCUGCAGAUACCGAGUCCAGUUCUGCCCUGACUAGUAUCACUACCGACGGCCAUGAAUCUUCCGGGGACGACACUCACAGCAGUGGGUCUUCCUGCACCUCCUCCAGGUCUCGCCACACCUCUCCAGGGGCUGAGGUAGGCCCAGCAGCUGAUAACGCAGCAUUGCAUGGGGGAGGCCGCACUCGAGCUCCCCUGCCUGCUGGAAAUGAUGCAACCGUCAGCCGAGCGAAACCAGAUCCAUAUGGACGCGAUGAUCGAGCUCCUUUUGACCACGAGCUUCCUGGCCCGCUGACUCCAGUCUGUUGCAGUGAGCCCUGUCAUGGUGCUCCCUGCCCGGACCCCCUGGUUCGGGCUGGAGUUGAAGACCAGCCCUUGUGUGCGGCUUCUCCCCCACCGCCCUGCCUGCGAGCCAAGCUCCUGGUUGGGCCUGCCACCACCGAAGGUUCCCGGACGGAUGCCCUGUCGCUGUUGCGCGAUCUCGCGCGCGAUAUCGGUCUCGCAUGGAGGUAUGCCGACGCAGCCAGCAUUGAGGAGCGGCUGCUUCUUGCCCCCCCCAUGCUUGCCGACGAAGAUGCCGCUUUCCCGGUGAUGCUCCCUCUUUCGUUUGCCAUCCUUACGCCGGGGUACACUCAGGAGAAUGUCUCCGUCUCUGUUCACAUUCCUGCCGAGGAGGAUCAUGUGUUGCAGCUGUUGCAGGCCGAGCGCGACUCACAUAGGCAGAGAUGCUUUCCUGUUCUGGUGCCCGCUCUGCCUCAACCCUCUGACCGUUGGGGUCUGGUUCUUGCCCUCCCUCUGUGGGACCCGCAGGCCUCCGUUGUUAUCCUUGACGCGAGGUCAUACGAUGGCAGGCUUUUUGCGGCGCAAUGUGCACCCUUUGUUUCCAGGCGCUCGAUCCUCUGGCUUGCAGGGAUCCCAGAAUCCUCGCGUGUCAACGUCUGGAACUUCUUUGAGGACAACCCACUCCCGGAUUUUCAUGAAUGCCGGAUCUUUCCGGGACAGUGCCUAACAAUCUGCGAUUGGGCAGCUCCACGGCCGGAGACUUUCUUUUUGAAGUCCCUGCUCCGCCAGGCACUGUCAUGGGCACCCACUACGGCCUUUCCUCCACAGGUCGUGGCACCCUGCUACUGCUGUGCCACCUUGCGAGGGCACUCGCUUUUUACGGCCAAUCCUGCUGCGCCUUGGACAUUCCGCAGUGAGUUGGCGAGCCUUUGUGGGGUUUCUGUCGACCGACUUAAUCUUGUGCCCACACGACCAAGGAUAAACGACUGCGCGGUGUACGGCCAUGUCUGCCGUGCUGUCCUCGCUGUCGGCGGUGCCAACAUACAUGCCGAUGGUGUGUCUGCCUGUGCAGUUGUCAUUGACUGUCGGCCUCUGUUGCAGGGAUGGCACUAUCGUGAAACCACGGGGUCUCUUGAUUUCGAUGCCUUGGAAGCCGAACUCAGUGAAUUUGCGCCCCUGUUUUGGGAGGUCGUGCUCACCGAUCGGCCUGCAGGCCCUGGUCUUCACGAAGUUACAGCUGGGCAGCUUUACACUGCCGUGUAUCGCGCUCGGCGCGAAGACCUUUUCUUCGAUGGGCCUGUGCCGGAAGUCGCGUCCGACCGGUCUCCUGAUGAGGCGUCCUCUUCUGAUAGCGGAGCCGGCAGCCCUCGGUCGCCAGGGUCUUCCCGUGGCACCACUUCCGGGAGAGAACAGCCUAGGAGCCAUAAUGAGAGCCCCAACCAGCCCACUGGGCACGGAGAUGUGAGGAACAUGUGUGGUCGCGCUGGCAAUGCUCAAGAUGCCCUUUGCCCGGGCGCCUGCGGCUUCACCCCUGUUACCCUGCCUCCUGCUGUGCGUCGCAGCUUCCGCCUUCUCUCAGAUGAUGCCGUUUGUGUCAAUGAGCUUGGGGGACGGGGCUGUCGGCGUUCUGCUGUGGUUGUGCUCCCGUCCUACCUCAGGCUAGCGGCCGUCAUUGUCGGCCUUUGUGUUCAGCCGGGCACCGCGGUGCAAUUGCCCAGUUACCCUCGAGAGCCUGAUAUGUUGGCCUCUUUGCAACCCUCUGGCGGACCUUCUGUAUCUGUGUCUGUAUGCAAAGAUGGCUCCAGGGAAGCCGUGCACAGUGAUCUUGCACCACCUCGGCCGCUUCCGACACCAUGCCGGGCCUUGCCUGCCGGACCCGCACCUCUUGGUGAUGUCUCGCGGCCCGUGCCUGCCGGGCUGCCAGCAGCUUUGGGCGUCCCCGCUACAGAGGACCUUGUUUUGCAGCCUGAUUUCGACCCUCUGUUCACGCUUCUAUGGGAGAGCUCCCGUCACCCAGAGUGCCAGGCCUUCUUCCUUGCUGCAACUUUGCUUGAAGCUUGCCACGAGCAUUUCCAGGCUGCUAAGGUCGUCGUUCCCCGUUGGCAACUUUCCCUGUGCAGUGCCAUCCCAGUUUGUGCUCCAUCUGGUGAUGCUAACUGGAACUGGAACUUUUGGGAGCAGCUAGGGGAGACACUUCAACCGCACCCGUGGUGCCCUGCUGACCUCCCCGACUUGCUGCAGCUUCGAGUGCACGAACAGCUCGCACUUGGGCCCUAUAGCUUCCCAUGCACACGUGGCCAGAUCCAACAUUUUCUGCAGCCUACGUGUUCUCCGGGGGAUGGCUACGACCUUGCUUUUGCCAUCAGCCAGCGUGACCUGCACGCCUGUCGCGAGCUGCAAUUUCGGCCGUCCGAUUUUGUCUCCAACGACAUUCACUGCUUCACUGAUGGAUCUUUCGAUGCCUCAGCGCCUCAACCUGAAGCCUCGUGUGCGUGGGCAUGUUUCUUUAUUUCGCCCGCAUCUGGCUCCUGUGCGGCCUUGUCGGGACGAGUCCCCGCUUGGGCCUUUCCUGAGGAUAAACCAUCGGCCUUUGUUGCUGAGUGUUUCGCCCUGAUUGCGGCCGCCUGGUUAAGCCUCACCAGAUAUCAUCACUCGCCGACUGUCAUCUGCUCAGACUGCUUAUCGGCUCUAGGAAUCUUCCAGGGCACAUAUGGCGGUGCGUCCGCCGGUGUUGCAGCUGUGCUGCGCAGCCUUGGCCUUCUCUGUAGGGACCUGUCACCCAGUGGCAUCCCGGCCCGCCACGUCCGUGGACACCAAGGGUGCUUGGGCAAUGAACUGGCAGACUGUCUCGCUCGGGGUGCCGCUACGGGUCGCCCCUGUGGCCAUCUGGCAUGGACCCUCGGCCAUGGUGGUACGACGGAGGCUCUCCUCUCAGUUGGGCAGCACUUGUGGCGCCUUUCCUGCCAGUUCCAGCCUCCUCCACCUCCGCCAGUGACGGACGAUGGGGUGCUGUUGCGGAAGGCCUUGCCUUUCAAGCGGAAGGCAAACGAUGCCUACGCCUCACUGCUGACGCUUGCAUUGUCGUGCAUCGUGACCCCCGGCGGCUCCUUCUACUCUUCAGGGGGUGAUAUGAACGCCUCCCUUGGCUCGGUCCUUUCAGAUGCCGUAGGGGACCAUGCCGCCGAAGUUCAAGAUGACUCCGGAGCACUGCUUGCCUCUUUCUUGUGCUCUCAUCAGCUCUGGUUGCCGUGCACCUUUUCCUCCUGCCACAGCGGCCCCUCAGGCACUUAUGUGCAGAAGCGUAAUGGUGCUUUGUCCAGAAUCGACUUUGUCGCCUGUCCGACAGCGUGGCAGAGUGGCUGCGUGAGGACCUGGACCGACUCGACCUUGCAUGUGGGACAGGCCACAGUUGACCACAUUGCGACCUGCUGCCAGAUUGAUCUCUCAAUGAACCUGUCAGGCCCUGCGCGAGCUACGGCCCAUCGGCGUUUUGAUGGGAGGGCCAUGCUGACGCCCCAGGGGCGGGCGGCUGUUGAGCAGGUCUUCCAGCAUGCUCCGCUUAUUCCCUGGUCAGCAUCUCCCCACGCUCAUGCAGCCACUUUGGUCAAUUACCUCCAGGGUGCCCUCACUGAUGCCUUCCCCCUGCGCCCUGGCCGUCGUCACCGGUCUUAUCUGACUGACGCCACGUGGGCGCUACAUGCAGAGGUGGCGCGCUUGCGUAAAGCCUGCACCCGAGUCAAAAGCGCAUUGCGAUUUCACUUCCUUGCUGCAGCCUUCCAGGCUUGGGCGUGCGCCGAUGGCCGCAUUCUCCUGCGCAUGCUCGACUCUGCUUGGACCCGAGAGGCGCAUGUUGCCGGCGCUUUUUACAGCCGCCAUCUCGGUGCCGUGUCUGGCCAGCUGAAGUCUGCAUGUAAGCAGGACCGAGCCACAUACUUCAGUGGUCUUGCAGAUGAUGUGCAGAGGGAUGAUCCCCACGCUAACAAGGCCAUCCAGCGUUUGAUGGGACUUAAGCGGCGGAAGCCCUUUCUGCCUGAUGUUUUGCCUAUGUUGCAAAAGGAGGACGGCAGUCUAUGCAAGACCCCCGAGGAAAUUGUCCUGCGUUGGCGGGAGCACUUCCGUCAACAGGAAGAUGGCUUCGAUGCCAGGCCAGAAGACUUGCCGAACCUACCUGCCCAUAGUGGCAGUCUGGUUGGUCCCUCCUUGCUCGAGGAUCUUCCCUCGCCUGACGUGCUUCUCCAGGUUAUUGCCGCCUCUCACAAAGGCAAAGCCGCGGGCCCCGAUGGGUUGCCUGCUGAAAUCGGGCAUGCUGCCCCUCAGGGGCUAGUCCGGUUACUGAUGCCUCUCCUGUUGAAGGUUGGCUUACACUGCGAGGAGCCCAUUGGGUUUAAAGGAGGUACCCUGAGCAAGCUCUACAAGGGCAAAGGGGACACCUCCCAGUGUGCUAGCUACAGGGCCAUCAUGCUCCUACCGACGCUGGCUAAGUUCCUGCACAAGGCCUUCCGACCGGGUCUAUACGAUGUCUUCAGCAGCAAUGCCGCGCCGGCCCAGCUUGGCGGGCUUAAACGGACAUCUGUUGUGUUAGGAUCGCACCUUACCAGGGCCUUUCACAGAUUCUGUACCGGCACUGGCGUAACGAGUGUUGUGCUCUUCGCCGAUGUGGCAUCUGCUUACUAUUCUGCUGUCCGAGCCCUGACGGCGCGCAAACACGGCACUGAGCGUGAUGAGAAUGUGCCCCGCCUAGCUGACCGUGCACAUCUUGAGGAGGCCCUUUCUCAACCCUCCGCCAUGACCCAAUCUCAGGCCUCGCCUUGGAUCGAGACGCUCACGGCCGAGCUGAACAACAACACCUGGAUGUGCCUUGCGGGCGAUUCUCACCCAAUUGUCACCCGCCAGGGAUCGCGACCGGGCUCCAGCUUUGCAGAUUUAUUUUUCGGAGUGACAGUGCCCCGUAUGCUGCACUGGAGGGAUGCGGCGAGGCCCGAUGUGGGUGCCCAUGGACACCACUUCGAGCAUUCGCCCGUUGUGUACUGGGAUGGUCUGUGCGACCUCUCCCCGCCAACCACCGAUCCUGCACAAUGGCAUGCCUCUACUCGUUUGUCUGAUGUGAUCUGGGCCGAUGAUCUGGCGAAAUGCAUCAUCGUGCCGGAAGCUAAGGACGCGGCCUUUGCCACUGCAUCGGAGUGCGGCCUUUUAGCCGACGCCUUCUAUGCUCACGGCUAUGACCUAAGUUUCGGACCCACUAAGACAGCUGCGAUUGUGGUUCCGCGUGGAGCUGGGUCCCGUCGGGUUCGUAGGGCCCUCUUUGGAGAUAAGCCGGUACUCCAGGUCAUGAGGGAGGAGCAAGGUGCCGCUCUUCUUCCCUUAGUGACGUCCUAUCGUCACCUGGGGGUCAAGGUUACCUCCGCUAUGUCUCUGAUGGCUGAGUUGAGGCAUCGUGCUGCGCAUGCGUGGUCCGCAUUCCAGCAGGGGCGUACCAAGGUCUUUCGGACCGGCCGGAUCGCUCUGCGUCGGAGAGGCUUGCUCUUGUCAACGCAUGUCAUGACCAAGCUGCUCUUUGCAGCAGGCGCAUGGCCCGCUCUCAGUAAGGGCGAACACGCCUUCUUCUUCAGGACGGUCCUGGCACUCUACCGACAGACACUCGCGAUUCCCCAUGGAGGGGACCAACACCUUACCCAUGCGACCAUCUGUGCCUUGAUUGGUCAGCCGCCGCCUGAGGUUUUGCUCCUGACUGAGCGUGCUCGGUAUUUGCUCCAAGUGGUUAAUGCAGCGCCUCCCCAACUGUGGGCCCUCAUUCGGCGCGACCCGCCGUACAUCGCUUACUUGAGGGAGGCCCUGCUCUGGGUCCACAAUUGGGUGAGAGCCACCUCCAAGCUCGGUGACCCCGACACUGCGUGGCCGGACUGGGAGCACUUGCUCCGUCACCGCCCGCACAUCUUCAAGGCUUAUGUCAAGCGAGCUCGUGGCCUGGAGCUCGCUCGCACUUCUUGCUAUGCCGCGUUACAAGCGGUCCGGCGAUCGCUUGAGCAGUUAACGGGAGGGGACCCUGCCCCUGCCAACACUGCGCCCCGGUACCCUGAAGCGUGCCUUCAAUGCAAGAUUGCGUUUCCUAGUCGGACUGCAUGGGCUUGCCACGCCUCCCGUCUGCACGCGUAUCGUGCGCCAUCCACACUGCUUGUCGCGGGGUGUACCAAGCCGCUUUGCCAGGCAUGUGGGAAGCUUUACGCUACUGUUGGGAGGCUUAAGCGCCAUCUAGCUGCGUCGGCGCAGUGCCGCCGCGGGUGGGGUGCCUUUAAGACGGCUUUGACCUCCUUGCCUGAGGCUCAUCCCGAGGCGCCCCCCUUGCUCGCCCCGGGUGACUGGAGCCCCUUUGAGCUCGAGCUCGACCCCGCCUGGGCCCAUCCUGGCCUGCUUACUGUGCUGCAAGGGUUCGACUCGCCCGCGCAGGAACAGGUCUGGGAUGCCGUGGUUGAGUUUGUUGAGCCCCUCGAGGUAUUACGUAAUACCCUCGAUGCAUGGCAGAAGGCGCCCGGCCCGCUGCAGGAUCCGGACGCAGUGGCGGCUCUUUCCGCGGAUGUGCGGUUGUUGCUCGAUCCGGAUUUGUGGUGCGAGGAUUUUCGAGCCCCCAAGCACCCGCCUGCCCCUGCAGUUGUGUGCCCGCCGCUGCCCUCCUCUGGUCCAGGAAGGCUUGGCUUUGUGCUUUCCGGGCCUGUGCUUUCCACCUGUAUUGGCGAGCCGCCGUUGAGGGAUUUUGUCUAUCCCUUCCGUGCCAGCGUGCCUUUGGCCGCCGCGCGCAGGCAAGUUGACUGGCUUGAGGCUGCUUGCGAUGUCAUCGGUACUGCCCUCCAGCAGUCCCUUUCGCACCCUGUCGCCAUCCGCCUUUCUGUCACUGCCCAGAAGUGCCUGGAUCCUCUCCCGGCAUGGCUCGCAUCAGGUGGUUUUCGGGUUGAGUCUGACUGCAUCUGCUCUCCUUCGGAUUGA